UAUUUAUUGACAUUUUUUAAUAUUAAAUUAAAAUAAAUGUAUUUAAUUGUAUUUUAAUACUUUGAAUCACAUUUUUAAAACUAGAAUUUAACUUGGGGAUUUUUUGUCCUUCAAUAACCUCCAAAGAAAAUUCGUUAAAUAUACAACCAGUAAACCAAGUUUGUUUUCAAUUUCUAUCCUUAGAAACCGCGUAAACUAAAAAAUAUAAACAUGUUAUCAGUAGAAAAACAAAUCUUCAUACAGCAAAUGUUUGCCAGAGGUUACAUACUCUUCGCAGAUGCUAUUCUACUGAUAAAUAAAAUAUUAACUGAGCUAAACAAGCUAACAAAUGAUCCAUGCCCCAAAAUAGGCGUUAGAGAUUUAAAAUCUAUCAUUAAAGAGAUAAACACUGCAAUCAAACCUGAAGAAAUCCAAUUAACCAUCACAACUUGUGAGGUAACAGGCAACAAACACCUAACACUUCACAGCAUAGGACACAAUGAUAUAACUGAACUACAAACCACAUACAAUCCUCUAGAACUGGCUUACUGGCUACCACUGAUGGAGGAAAUCAUUAAAUCUGAUACCAAGUCAAUGAAUAGAAUUGACUGUUUGAAUUUAAUCACCAAAUAUCAACUGCAGAUCAAAAUGGAAGAUGCUGAGAAGUUUCUGAACAAAUGUGUGACAAGAGGAUAUCUGGCACUGAGCAAUGGGUUGUAUUAUCUUGGUAGUAAAGCCAUUUGUGAAUUCAAUAAAGAUUUAAGAACAACUUAUGAAGAUUACACUCAGAUAUGUGAACUGUGCUCUGAACUAUGCUGCUAUGGAAAGUCUUGUAUUAAUUGUAAUAAAUUAAUGCAUGAUUAUUGCUUGCAAGCUGCUUUGAGUACUAAUCAGGAGUGUCCAUUGUGUCAUGUUCAAUGGGGACAGUUUGAUUUCGAGCAAGUACAAGAACAACAAGAAGAAGAAAUGGAAACAUGUGAAAAUAGUAUUGACAGUGAUGAAGAAGUCGGAAGAAGGCAGAAAUCACGGUCUACAAGAAGCUCUCAACGCAAGAGGGUUCAUUAAUGUUAUCAUUUAUGUGAAAUAAAUAUUUUUAUAAUA